CCAAGUCAUAUCCUUACCCUUAAACCCUACCCGAGGUUGUUUUAUUUAAAGUGAAACAAUGUUGUGAGCCCUGCCUUGCUUGUGAACUCCCUUCUUGAACCCUCUCCCAACUCUAUCCCUCUCUUUCUAUCUCUCCCUACUCUCUCUCUCUCUCUGUUCUUAAGUGACCCAGUCAUGAUCUCCACUGAGAAUUUAUGUUUUUUCAAGUGAUUUUUCAACUUGUUUUAAAUUGUGUUUUCUUGAAUUUUGGGUGAAAUGGGUUGUAAUUAAAGGAAAAAGAUGGGAAAAGUAACAAGUACAAGAAGUGUAAUUUAUCUACUAAAUCAAAUUGUACCCAACAAUUUCAUACUUCCUUUUAUUUUCUAAACAUUUCAGUUUCAUUUACCACUAAUUAUCAUCAAAGUAGCUUCUUUUCUCCUCAUCAAGUCAUUAACUAGUUCUACAUACAUCAGUAGUAGUGGUUUUUCUAUCAUGAAGAGACUUAGCAGCUCAGACUCUUUGGGUGCUUUGAUGUCCCUCUGUCCAACUACAGAAGAACACAGUCCAGGUAACAACCAUAUGUAUGGCCGUGAUUUUCAGUCUUCUUUGGAUGGCUUAGAUGAAGAAGGGUGCAUAGAAGAAUCGGGCCAGAUCGAGAAGAAAAGGAGGUUAAGUGUGGAUCAAGUGAAAGCCCUGGAGAAGAAUUUUGAAGUUGAUAACAAACUUGAACCGGAAAGAAAAGUGAAAUUGGCACAAGAACUUGGGUUGCAGCCUAGACAAGUAGCUGUGUGGUUCCAAAACCGACGAGCCCGUUGGAAAACCAAGCAAUUAGAGAGAGAUUAUGGCGUUCUUAAAGCCAAUUAUGACUCACUUAAGCACAAUUAUGAUACUCUUCAACAUGACAAUGAGUCCCUUCUCAAAGAGAUAAAGGAGUUGAAAGCAAAAUAUGGUGAGAAGAACGAAGGCAAUCCGGUGAAAGAGGAAGUGAUGGCAAGCGAAAACAAAGACAUGUACGAAGAAAUACUAGUGACUAAUAAGUCCUUAGCAGCAAUUGAUUCCAUAGCUCAAUGUGAUGAUCCUACUGCAGAGCCCAACUUAGUAGCUUCUGCUGUUACAACAUUCUUCCAAGACGGCUCUUCAGAUAGCGAUUCCAGCGCAAUUUUAAACGAAGAUAACAACAACAAUAGCCCCAACUCUUCCACGGCAGUUUUUGGGCACCAGUUUAUGCCAUCCUCGUCAAGUAAUUGCUUCCAAUUUAGCUCAGCAUCGGACUCUAAGACAAUUCUUGGAGAUGCCCAAAAGGCGUACCAGCCGCAGUUUGUGAAGAUAGAAGAGCAUGAUUUUUUCAGUGGUGAUGAGUCUUGCAAUUUCUUUUCUGAUGAUCAAGCUCCGAGUCUUCAAUGGUACUGUCAUGAUCAGUGGAAUUAAAUGGAAUUUAAUUAUAAAAUUUGGAUAAUGAUCAUGAAAACGAAUAAGACUGUGAGCAUGCCAUGCCCACUUUUCAUUAGUCUCUGCAGGGUUAUUGUACAAAAUGAAGUUGCAGAGAAAGGUGACAGGGUCACGGGGGUGGUGGGUCGGGCGGGUCAGGAGAAUCAAAGCUGUGCAGGAAUGAUUAGAUAGUGAUUGAGACAACUUCUUUUACUCUGCUCGCUGGGAUGAAUGUUAAAAUAAACAAGCUACUUCAGUGAAGGAAAAUGCGGGCUUUUUAUGUUUAAAAAUGUUAAUUAGCGUAGCUGUAAGGGGAAUAAUGAUGACGCUCUUUUUAUGGAAACUUACUCGCUUUGCAUCUUUUUUUAAA